GUUCGGCAGCACGUUUGUUUUCGUUCGCUACCCGUCGCUCUCGUCAGAAAAGCACAUGUUUCCGCGGUUCGCUCUGUGAAAUCUCGGAAAAUUUUGCUGAAAAAAGUGUAAUUUCGUGCGUAACUCGGUGCCUUCACACUCCUCGUCACCAUGGGCAAGAAGGGCAAAGUUGGAAAGGACCGGAAGGAUAAGUUCUACAAGUUAGCUAAAGAGACCGGUUACCGGUCCCGUGCCGCGUUCAAGCUGAUCCAGCUGAACAGGAAGUUUGGCUUUCUGCAGCAGUCGCAGGUGUGCAUCGAUCUGUGUGCGGCGCCGGGAGGAUGGAUGCAGGUGGCCAAGCAGAACAUGCCCGUGUCGAGUAUCGUGAUCGGGGUGGAUUUGUACGCGAUCAAGAACGUGCCGGGGUGCAUCUCGCUGGUGGGGGACAUUACGAGCGACAAGACCAAGUCGGACCUGACGAAGGAGCUGAAGACGUGGAAGGCGGAUGUGGUGCUGAACGAUGGGGCGCCGAACGUGGGCCGGAACUGGUUGUUUGAUGCGUAUCAGCAGGUUUGCCUGACGCUGAGUGCGACGAAGUUGGCGACGCAGUUUUUGAGGCCUGGCGGGUGGUUUAUUACGAAGGUGUUCCGGUCGAAGGAUUACAAUGCGCUGAUUUGGGUGCUGAAGCAGCUGUUUAAGAAGGUGCACGCGACGAAGCCGUCGGCGUCGCGUAACGAGUCGGCGGAAAUCUUUGUGGUUUGUCAGCACUAUCGGGCUCCGGAUAAGAUCGAUCCGAGGUUCUUGGAUGCGAAGUAUGUGUUUGAGGAGCUGGAUAUUGAGCCGCAGGUGAAGAUUAACUUGCUGAAGGAUGUGGAGAAGACGAAGAAGGCGAAGGUGGAGGGUUACGAGGGGACCGAUGUGAGGAAGAUCAUUAGCGUGACGGAGUUUUUGCGGGAUGAUAAGCCGUUGGCGUUGUUGGGGCGGCUUACGGAGAUUCGGUUCGACGAUCCGGCGAUUGAGAAACAUCCGAGGACGACGGCGGAGAUUCGGGAGUGCUGCAAGGAUAUCAAGGUGUUGGGACGGAAGGAUUUGCGCGACUUGCUCAAGUGGCACAAGCUGUUGAACGGGGAGUUGUUCCCGAAGGUUGAGGGUGAAGAGGAGGAGGGCAAGGGGAAGAGCUUGGCCCAGCGGAUGCAGCAGGAGCAGGAUGGGGAGAGUGCAGAUGAGGAAACGGUCGAGCUGAGGAACAUGGAGAAGGAGAUUGCGGCGUUGAAGAAGGAGGAGGAACAGGACGCCAAGAGGAAGCGCAAGAAGGCCAACAAGGAGCGCACCAAGCUGAACGAGAAGCUCAGCUUGAAGAUGGUCAUCAAGGGCGACGCCGGGCCGACGGAGCAGGAAGAUGGAAUGAUAUUCAGCUUGAACACGUUGAAGAGUAGAAAGGAGGUAGACGUGCUGCUGGACGCGCCGCCGGAUGUGCUGGCCGAGCCCGGGUUCGACGACGACGAUGGACCGCGCAAGAAGCAAAAGUACGUCAAGUACGAUCGCGAGACCAAGGGCGAUCUGUUUGAGGAUGAUCAGAUUUUGGCCAAGACCGACCAGGAUCCGGACAGCGAUAGCGAAGCCGAGAUGCCGAAGCUUGAGUUUGAAGACGACGACGACGAUCAACAACCCGACGAAGUUGACAGUGACGAUCCGGACGCGAAGAACCCGCUGAUCACCGACCUCGACUACCGAGACAAGGACGUGAAGCGAGUCCAGAAGGCCCAGCUCUGGUUCGAGAACCCGUCCUUCAAGGGUGUGAUGGACACGGCCGACGCCACCGUCGACUACGACCUGGACAACAUGACCGAAAUGUACCGCAAGGCAGGCGUCAAGAUCAUCGGCCGCGAAGACAAACCGAUCGGCGAGCAAUCGCUCGGCAGAAAAGCCCAACGCCGCUCCCGCCACGACACCGCCAAGGAGUCCGACAGCUCGGACGACUCCGACUCGGACGCCGACGACGACACCGUCGAGCACAAAACCAUCGAAAAGGUCGGCGGCAAGGACGGCUUCGAAGUGGUCUCCUCCGAACCCAAACCCAAAAAGGUCAAACUCAACGAAGAGGAACUCGCCCUCGGCCAAAUCCUCGUCAGCGGCAAGAAAGCCAAACGCGACCUCAUCGACGCCGCCUGGAACCGGUACAUGUUCAACGACGCCAACCUGCCCGAGUGGUUCGUCAAGGACGAGGAGAAAACCAUGAAGCGCGAGGCGCCCGUCCCCCACGAGACCGUCGCCUCCUACCGGAACAACCUCGAGGACAUCAACGUGCGCUCGCUCAAGAAGGUCAUGGAGGCGAAGGCCCGCAAGAAGCGGCACGCCGCCAAGCGCCUCGACAAGAUCAAGAAAAAGGCGGAAACCAUCAUGGAGAACGUGGACAACACGAACCAGGAGAAGAUCCGGAUGUUGAAGAAAUUGUACAAAAAGACGGACGCCAAGAAGAAGGAGAUUACGUACGUGGUGGCGAAAAAGUCCGGCACGAGUGGGAAGAAGGUGCGCCGGCCGAAGGGGGUUGAGGGCCGGUUCAAGGUGGUGGAUCCGCGCAUGAAGAAGGAUAGGCGCGGGGAGGAGAAGAAGGCGCGCAAGGCGGCCAAGAAGGGUGGCAAGAAGGGGGCCGGAGGCGGUGGUAAGGGGAAGGGAGGUGGUGGCAAAGCGAGGGGUGGAAAGGCCGGAGGUGGUGGAGGCAAGCGGAAGUAGAGGGGGAGUGUUUGCUAGGUAAGUUCUUUUGAUUUUAUGUCAGUCUGUGGAAAAAGUGCGAGUUUUCGAGAGGGAAACGUCGUAAUGCAGUUCAAUUUAUAUACAUUUAAUUAUAUAUUACAACUUCAA